AUGGAUAUCAAACAACUUGUAAAGAAGGAUGACAAUGGAAGUGAACAAUCUAAUAAAAGUUUAGAACAAGCUCCAUCUAUGAAUGUAAAUAUUGCUACAGACUCUACAGAAACCACCCAGAAUAAUAAUGAGACGAAUGAGCCCAUAUCGCUUGAACAGACUCAUGAAGAAAAUAAUGGAGAUCUGGAUGUAGGUUCAUCACAUUCGAACGUAGAUGGAACUCAAAUAGAGCAAGAAAAAAGUGUAAAACUGGAGGCCAAGGUAACAGAAGAUGAUAAUAAUAAUAAUGGACCCGAUCUGAAAAAUAUUAACAUAAGUGAAACAAUUGGUGGUACUAGUACUCGAAAAUAUAUCAAUCGAUACGUUACACCAUUUUUACUUGCUGGGAUGAAGAAAAUUGCAGUUGAAAAACCGGAAGAUCCCUUAAGAGUUCUUGGUGAAUAUUUAAUUGAACAAAGUGAAAAAAACGAAAGAAUACGAAAUCAUGAAAAUAAAUAA